AUGUAAUAAUCAAAAGCAGCUUUAGAAAUAGGAGGCACCUUCAUUCAAGUUGGCAUCGGCACCAAAACAGACAACAAAUGGACAUUAAACAAUAAAAAGACAUUUGACACUAGAGAUCCAGAAGAUACUCUCCUUGAUCUUGUGACAUAUUUGCAGCAAUUCGAAUUUGAUUCAAUCCAAAUAGCUUCCUUUGGCCCUCUGUGUUUGAACAAAGAUGAUCCACAAUUCGGAUCCAUAACCUCCACUCCUAAACUCAAAUGGUAGAACUUCCCAAUUGCAACAAGAUUGUCACAAGCAUUAAAGAAACCGUUUGCUAUAGACACUGAUGUUAAUGCCUGUGCCAUGGCUGAAUUUAUGUUGGGCAACCAUAAUGUGAGACAAUCUCUUGCGUACAUCACAAUUGGAACUGGAGUCGGAGUAGGUAUCAUAGUGAAUGGACAAUGUGUUCACGGAAUGUUGCAUCCAGAAGGAGGGCAUAUUUUAGUUGCUAAGUAGUAAGAGGACAAAGACUUCAAGGGAGUUUGUGCAUUUCACGGAGAUUGCUUAGAAGGAUUAUGUACAAAUGUUGCAAUAGCCAAGAGAUUGAAUUGUCCUAUUACUGAAUUACCUAAUAUCAGUGAUGAUCAUCCAAUAUGGGAAUUGGUUGGUUUUUACUUGGCAGAAGCAUGUCAAAACAUCCUAUAUCUAUUGUCAAUCGAAAAGAUAGUGUUGGGAGGAGGAGUCAUGAACAGGAAGCUCUUGUAUCCCAUCAUUGAUAAACAUCUAAGAAGGCUAGUGAACAAGUAUGUGGAAAUACCAGAAAACUACAUUGUGGAACCUCAAGUAGAAGAUGUUGGGUUAAUUGGUGCAUUAUUAUUAUAAUGAUAAUAAAUCAAUUAUAUGAUCUC